AUGGGGAGAUGCAACGGGCGGUGCACGCUGGUGGGAUUCUGCUGCCUGCAGCUGGUCGCGGCGCUGGAGAGGCAGAUCUUUGAUUUCCUGGGAUACCAGUGGGCCCCCAUCCUGGCGAACUUCUUACACAUCAUGGCCGUGAUUUUGGGUAUUUUUGGGACUAUCCAGUACAGAUCCAGAUACCUCAUGAUGUACGCGGUUUGGUUGGUGCUGUGGGUCGGCUGGAACGCCUUCAUCAUCUGCUUCUACUUGGAGGUCGGGCGCUUGUCACAGGACAGAGACUUCAUCAUGACCUUCAAUACCUCACUGCACCGCUCGUGGUGGAUGGAGAACGGCCCGGGCUGCCUGGUGACGCCGGUGCUGAACUCCAACCUGGCGCCCGAGGAUCACCACGUCAUCACCGUCAGUGGCUGCCUGCUCGACUACCAGUACAUCGAGGUGGUGAGCAGCGCCACGCAGAUCUUCCUGGCGCUCUUCGGCUUUGUCUACGCCUGCUACGUCAGCAAAGUGUUCCUGGAGGAGGAGGACAGCUUUGAUUUCAUCGGCGGCUUUGACUCCUACGGGUACCAGGCACCACAGAAGACGUCGCACCUGCAGCUACAGCCGCUCUACACGUGA